AUGUUGGAAUGGAGAAGAAAAGAAUCACCAGAAAUGUCGACGGUAUUCGUAGUGACGACGAGUGCCGCAUCCGUGAUUACCGUAUCGAUUCUCAUUGCUAUGGGUAUUAUUGUGAACGAUAUUAACAGCCUUCGGGAUGAAAUUAUGGACGGAAUGAAGGAAUUCAGGCUCGACACCGAUGAUGCAUGGGAAAUGAUCGUUGCCGCUUACACAGAUACGAAGAACCAUACACCAAAGAAUAAACGUCAGGUCAUUGACUCAGAUCCUUCGAGAACAUCUGCCUGCCCUUGUGCCAUGGCAAGAACAAAUUGCCCGCCAGGACCUCCUGGACCACCUGGAAUGCCAGGACCUCCAGGACAACCGGGUGCAGAUGGAAUGCCUGGCACUCGUGGCCAGUCCGGAAUAGGAGUGCUGGUUCAACAGCAGACGGAGAGCACUUGUGUCAGAUGUCCGCCUGGACCGCCGGGAAGUGUCGGGCCACCAGGUGAACCCGGACCACAAGGCCCAUUGGGACCGCCAGGACGUCCUGGGUUGCAAGGGAAACUUGGCGACAACGGCAUGCCAGGUCCACGCGGGGAGAAAGGAAACGACGGACUUCCUGGAACACGGGGUCAGCCGGGUGUUCCUGGAAUGUCAGGAACAAAGUAUACACCAGGAGCUCCUGGCAUGCCUGGACACCCCGGAUUACCAGGGGCUCCAGGAGCUCCGGGUAAAGACGGCGAAGAUGGUCGUCAAGGAACAAAUGGUCAGCCAGGGAUGCCCGGAAUGAAGGGACAGACUGGGCGCCCUGGCCAAAAUGGACAAACUGGCAUGCCUGGUCAGCCAGGUCAACCCGGAAAAGACUCACACUACUGCGCAUGCCCAUCGAGAUCAACAAACUGA